UAUGGGAAGCCCUCUCAGCUCCCAAGUCUCAACUGUAUACUCUUCCUCCCCUUCUAUAAAUACCUACACAUGCUGACCUUUCUCUCCUAAAGACUUACUUUAAACAGAGGAACCGAAACAUCUGGGAGAUGAGCGAGGGAUUGAAGAAGGUCUACCAGGUUUGCGAAGAGAUCGGUAAGGGAAGAUUCGGUACCGUUUUCCGGGGCUUCUUUCGGUCUUCCGGCGACUUCUUCGCCUUGAAAUCCAUCGACAAGCGUCUCCUCUCCGACUCCGUUGACCGAGAAUGUAUCGACAAAGAGGCAAAGAUCAUGCAACUUCUUAGCGGCAACCCUAAUGUCGUUCAAAUCGCCGAUGUUUACGAGGACGAUGCGUAUCUCGACAUCGUUAUGGAGCUUUGUGAUUCUUCCGACCUCUUCGAUCGUGUCUCCAAACGCACUUUCUCUGAUGUCGAAGCUGCUGCUAUUAUGUUGCCUUUGAUGGAGGCGAUCGUUCAUUGUCACCGGAGGAGUGUUGCUCACCGUGAUAUUAAGCCAGAUAACAUACUCUUUGACAGUGGAAAUCGGUUGAAGCUGGCUGAUUUUGGAUCUGCUGAUAUCUUUCACGACGGGCUACCCAUGAGAGGGAUCGUUGGGACGCCUUACUAUGUUGCUCCUGAGGUGCUUUCUGGAAGGGAUUACAAUGAGAAGGUGGACGUUUGGAGUGCGGGAGUUAUUAUGUACAUAAUGUUGUGCGGGAUCCCUCCUUUUUAUGGGAAUUCUGUUGCUGAGAUCUUUGAGGCGGUGCUUCGUGGGAAUCUCCGCUUUCCGACUCGGAAUGUUUUCUCUGUGUCGCCGGCGGCGAAGGAUCUUCUGCGGAAGAUGCUUUCAAAGGACGUCUCCAAGAGAUUCUCAGCAGAGCAAGUGCUCGGGCAUCCAUGGAUCACAAGCGGAGGGAGAAGCUCGAUCGAUGAAUUGAGACAAUAGAAGAAAGAAAAGCCUCGUACAUUAAUACUAAAUCUUAGGUUCCAGUAUUGUACCGAUGAAUGAAGGUAACUAACCCCAAGGGGUAGCGGAGUUGAAAAGGAACUUCUACCUCAAGAACGGUGUGAUAAUUUUAAGUUCGACUCCUCUUAUCUCCUGGGAACACUCACACGGUUGUUUAGUCCUCUUAAAAAUUGAGGAAAUAAAACUAACUUUUUCUAAAUGAAAGAAGUCAUCCCUUGGUGCUGUGUUGUGCUAUGCUCUAGAACUACCAGAGCUCACUACAAGAAAGAGGAUGUUUUAACAGCAGAUAUGAGUCACAAGAGGUGAUGGCGGUUUUUUGCAAUCUUAGUAAGAGAGAUUUCAUACAAAAAUGUGAAUGUAAAUUUUAUGUAUAAAUAAAAAAUGGGGAUCUAUCUUGAAUGAAUUACUGUUAUAUGUGGUAAGGAGAAAGGCACUCUUAGUAUGA